UUUUUAAUCUGUGCUUCACUAACAAUAUUUCAAUAUCAAAACUGAAAACAAUUCUUUUUAAAAUUGAAAAAGUUACUCAUUUUCUAUAUAUUUUUAUGCGAGAACAUUAACUACAUAUUAUGAGAUAAUUAUGAUUUAAGUAUUGAAAAAAAUAUAUAUAUACAUAAUGUAUAAAGAGUUAUUUAUUCACCGCUUAGUUCAAAGUAAAGAGCCUAAUACUUUGCCAAAACUAUUAGAAGGUCUAUUUGAGGUAUUUGCAGAUUUUCAAGGUAUUACAACAGAAUCAGUAUCCUCAACAUUAAUAGAUUUGACGUUUUUGGAAGAAAUUCGAAAGUUGUCCGGAAACAUUAAUAUCGCAUUUGGGAAAACUCUUAGGGAUAUAAAAUGUACAGUUAAUGACAGUGAUUUCAGAAAACACGAGAUAUAUUUGAGAUAUGACAGUGUUAAAAAGUUGAGAAUAGUUUCAGUGGAUCUUCCUAGCAGUAGUUUAAAUAAGCAAACCUAUAAUACAAUCGAAGAUGUAAUAACAGCAUUUUUAAAGCAAAUAAGUAAUUUGCAAAGCUAUUUCAAUGAAUUAGAAAAUAUAGAUCACCAUUGCGUUGUAAUGGAGCCCAUUAAACCACUAUACAAGGAUGAUUAUAGAAAUAUACGAAUUGAUGAUAAAACUUGGCUACAUCUUGAAGUUACUCCAGAUGGUUCAGCAACAAACGUACAUUUGAUUGGCCAGUCUGAAAUCUGGCAAGACAAGUUACAAAAAGGUUUAUUAACUUGGGAUCAAGAUAAGAAUAUUGUUGAGAACAUUUACACAAUAUUUGAUAUCAAGAACCAAUCAGUAUCACCUACAUUGAUACCAGUUGAUGCAGCUAGGAAACAAAGUUCUGAAGAUACAAUAGGCCCCACAUGUGGAAUAUGCUACUGUGCUCAACUACCAGAUUACCCUGGACUACCACAACCCUUAUGUCAGAAUAUGAACUGUGAUGUGUAUUUUCACAAAAAUUGUUUAUUCCAGUGGCUUGUUGCCUGUGAAGGAGGACGUCCACCGGCAUUCGGCGUGAUAAACGGAAGCUGUCCAACUUGUCUUCAACCAAUAUCUUGUAGUGAUAAAGACUGUUGAACAUGUUUUAUUUUUAUAAUAAAUAUAUAAUCAUUUUU